CUACAAGGUGUUAUAUAGCAAUAACUCUAAUAAUUUCUAUAAAGUAGAUAUAUACAUAAUAAAGUAAAAAUGAAUUUAGAAUUAUUAGAAUCAUUUGGUCAGAAUUAUCCAGAGGAGUUUGAUGGCACAUUAGAUUGCAUAUCAUUAGCAGUCACCUGUACAUUUAAUAAAAGGGGAACUCUUCUCGCUGUUGGGUGUAAUGAUGGUAGAAUUGUUAUUUGGGAUUUUUUAACACGUGGUGUUGCUAAAAUCAUUAGUGCACAUGUACAUCCUGUAUGUUCAUUGAGCUGGUCUAGGAAUGGUCAUAAAUUAUUAAGUGCAUCUACAGAUAAUAAUGUUUGUAUAUGGGAUGUCUUAUCUGGAGAAUGUGACCAAAAAUAUAGAUUUCCUUCUCCAAUAUUAAAAGUUCAAUUUCAUCCAAGAAAUCUUAAUAAAUUUCUAGUGUGUCCAAUGAGACAUGCAGCAGUAAUGGUUGAUGUUGAGGGUACACAUAGAGUUAUUCCUCUUGAUGAUGAUAGUGAUUUGAACAUAGUAGCAUCUUUUGAUCGUCGAGGAGAUUAUGUGUAUACUGGAAAUGCUCGUGGUAGAAUUCUAGUUCUUGAUGUGGAAUCCUUAACUGUGAAAGCUUCUUAUAAAAUAUCACAAGGCACAGCUAGUAAUACAGCUGUAAAGAGCAUUGAAUUUGCUAGACGUGGUUCUUGUUUCUUAGUAAAUACAUCAGACAGAGUAAUUCGUGUAUAUGAUAGUACUGAAGUAUUAGCUUGUGGAAAAGAUGGUGAACCAGAACCAAUACAAAAAUUGCAAGAUCUUGUAAACAAAACUAUGUGGAAGAAGUGUUGUUUUUCUGGAGAUGGGGAAUAUGUUUGUGCUGGAUCUGCAAGACAACAUGCUUUAUAUGUAUGGGAAAAAAGUAUUGGAAAUUUAGUAAAAAUUUUACAUGGAACUAAAGGAGAAUUAUUACUUGAUGUUGUUUGGCAUCCAGUGAGACCAAUUAUUGCUUCCAUAUCAUCUGGUGUUGUUUCUAUUUGGGCACAAAAUCAAGUUGAAAAUUGGUCUGCAUUUGCCCCAGAUUUUAAAGAAUUAGAUGAAAAUGUUGAAUAUGAAGAAAGAGAAAGUGAAUUUGAUUUGAGUGAUGAAGAUAAAUCUGUGGUGCAAGGCGAAGAGGCUCAAGAUGAGGAGAUAGAAGUAGAUGUUGCAUCUAUAGAUAGAGUGGCUGCUUUUUGCAGUUCUGACGAAGAAAUGGAAGAUAUUGGUUCGUUGCAGUUUUUACCAAUAUCACCAGAUGUAGAAGAUUCAGAAGAUACUCAAACGACACUGCACGAGCCACCUAUGAAAAAACAUCGUUCUCAUGAUAUUCACUUACAAGGUGCACCAGUAGAUGAAACUCACCCAUUAUUAAAUAAAGGAAAAGAUAAACCAACAACCAAGAAAGGAAGACCAAGAUUAGAACACAGAAAAGGAAAAUAAAUUCGAAUAUAUUUAGCGUAAAAAGUAUCUUCUAAUGUACAAAUUAAUUAAAAAUACUUCAUGUAUAUUGUUGACUGCGAGAAUAUUUUAUAACCAUAAUGUAUGUUAUAAAAUGUAUUGCUUCCUAUGGAAUGUAUCUUAUACCUUUCAGCCUUACGUGUUUUUACAUUGAAAACCUGUCUUAAGAUUUUAAAGAUCUAUUAUAUAUGUUGAAAUAAAUGAAGACAAUUUUCAAUUUUUGUAUGUAUUUACUAAAUAACGAAUUUAAUGUAAUAUAUAGGUUUUAAUGUCUUUAAGAGGUGUUUAUAUCCCAGCUAAGCAAUUUUAGUAGCUUUUGUUACAAUUUGACCAUAUAGAAUAAUUGCGUAUCUUAUACCUUAUACGAUACCUACAUACAAUACAUAUGUACUCUGAUGUCAAUACUACCAAUUUUAAGAAAAGUACAAGUUGAAAUGCAGUUAACCUAUAUAUUACUGCUGAAUUAUUUAAAAAACAAAUUAACUGAUCGAUAAAUGGCUUAUCUUAUCUUGUGUAGCGAUUUUUGAAAGCGCAAUUAAAAUUGCGUAGUAUUUGGAUUAACUUGUAACUUUAA